GAUGCAGAGAUUCGGACCCUCUUCGAGGAGCUCAUGUUGGGAUUGGAUCAGGAACAGGAGUCUGACUCAGAGGAGGAGGAAGAGCCAGCAUCCAGAGAACAGCAAAUGCAAAAGCGAGAGGCCAAGAAGGUCGACAGCAAAGAACCGGAGUCUGUCUCGGAGGUCUCAGUCCCUGAAAACACCGCGAAGGCACAGAGGGCGGAAAAUGGGAUUCCAGGGCCUUGUGCUUUCCGGACCUCGGAGCCGUCGGAGCCCAAGGAGCCCUCGGAGCCCAAGGAGCCCAAGGCCGGCGACGGUGGUGCCUCGGCUGGGCGCCGCUGUGGACACCAAGCCCUCUUGAAAUCUCUGAGUCCGAAGCUGCGCUGA